UUCCACGCCUUGCCUAAGCUAGACGGCUUGCCUCUCGUCUCCAAGCAUCUUACAAGGCUAGAGCUUCACGGUGUUGGGGUCUACAGCAGUUUCCCUGAUUUCUCAAGCUUCCCGGUCUUGGAACAUCUAGAGUUCAACAAAUGUGAAUUCUCGUUGGUCCAGAAGAUUUUGUCCGAUUCAAUUAAACAUCUGAGCAUCACUCAGUCCAUUUCCGGGUUUUAUGAUUCUUUCCGCACUCAUAUUUGUGCUCCGAAUCUUGCCUCACUGCGUUUAGAUGAAGUUUAUGGGUGGACUCCUGUGCUUGAGACCAUGGCAUCAUUAGUGGAAGCAUUUGUCAGAAUACCUGAGUUAUGUUUGGACCAGUGUGAACAAUGGCAUGCAAACUAUUGGGAUCGUGAUUGCAAGUCUUUGUGACAAACAUGAUAACAGUGCCAAUGGCCAUGACAGUUGCGUGCUUCUAAAAGGUUUAUCAGAAGCUAAGAAAUUGACAUUGUUUUCUUAUCCUGUAAUGUAUAUUUUCAAAAGGGACUUGAGAUGCUGCCCAACGUUUAGCAAGUUGAAGACUUUGUUACUCAACAAAUACUGGUCUGAGCCUGAUAGUUUACAUGCACUUGCAUGUAUUCUUGAACAUUCUCCAGUUCUGGAGAAGCUCACUCUUCAGCUAUUUUUGGAGGUGCCUAAAUAUGUAGAGGAAAUGAAAGGAAGCCCUGAUCCGGAAGAGUUAUCAGCUGCUAUAUCAGAAUUCCUUCAGAUAAUUGAAGUCAAAUGUGAAGUGGUUGAUGAGGUGGUUCUCAAUGUUUUGAAGUUUCUGCGUAAACUUGGCAUAAGUAAGUCACUGCUCACAUAUUCUAUAUUUCUGCAGUUUUCUUUCACAUGGCGGAAAGAAAGCAAGCAAUGAAGAAACUUCUAAGUUCAUUUGGAAAAGAGUAAAUGUUGGGACCACCUGGGAGAAAUGUAACUCUUUAAUACAUUUGGUGGACGAAAAUAAGAAAAACAAAAUCAGUUGAAGUGUUUAAAAUAAUUUAUAACACGUACAUCUGACUUGCCAAUUAGUUCUGAACCAUAGCAUAAAUGGGUCUGUUAAUAAUUUAAAGUGGUAACACGAUAUGCUAGCUUGUCAAACAGUUCCAAACUGUCCGAGUUGCAUGCAUUAUAGUACUAUAAUGGUAAAUGGUACUUUCACAAGUUAGAUUUUAUAUGGGCAAUCAAAUGCCCUUGUAUCUAUGUAGCAGUGUACUACAUAGUUACAUAUGCAGCAGUGUACUACCAUUGGUAUAUUUGUUAUUGAAUCCUCUAUUUGUCCUGUGGGAACUAGUAAACGAUGUCUCCAUGAAUUCUUCUUAGUUGCUCUUGUUAUUCCAGGUUUCCAUUGCUAUCACAUAAUAACAUUAGUGUCACUGACUUAAAAGUUUUGGUGAUGUGUGUUCAGUCAUUUGAUUUGGUCUUUCAUCUUUCCACAUUUCGAACAUUAUUUGACUUAUUUUGUUUACCUGGUCUUGCACUCCUGUAUCACUAGCUAAAAUUCUGUAACAGGGCUAUAUGAUUAUCAUAACAAGACAUGUAGCUUGAUGUUCUUGUCAUGGUUCUUUGUAGUGGAAAUUGGUCAGAUCCCUCUGCUGGUGAACUCGUGCUAUACUACUGAAAAGCGUGCAGCCAAACUUUACAAUUUUCAGCAUCUAUGUAUAAUUUUUUUCUUUGAAAUGGUCAUGUGUAAAUGAUAUCAUAGUGCAUGCUAUGAAAUAUAUUUGCAAAAUAUAAUAUUCUUACAAUUUUCAAUUUUGUGCUUACAUAUUCAGUAUUUCAGUUAGAAGCUAGAAGGUGACAAUGAAAGCCAGCAGACGUCCAAAACAUCAUAUGUUCUGAAUGGGGGGUGAUUAAUCAUAAAUAGGGUUUCUUCUGCAGCUCCACUUUGGUAGAACAUCCACCCAGUGCUGGAAUAAAUAAGUAGCUAAUCUUCUGUUUGAUCAAGUGAAAUUCAAAUGGCUGAAGCCUAUUCCUAUAUCUCAAGUUCCCUUGUGAAGUUUUUCUCAUUUCUCAGAUGGCACUCCUUAGCAAUUUAUUGUUCUUUUCGUAUUUGUGCAGUUUUUGAUCAACAUGGAGUUUUGUCUGAAGAUGGAUCUGGUACCACUUAGCAUAUUAUGCAAGAUACAAUGCAAAGCUCCAUCAGGGAAGGAUCGUUGCUGCCAACUAAGGAUGUCUUUUAUCUCUGAUUCUUAGUUUCAAUCGUAGCUGUAGGAACACUUAGGAGUCGGUAAUUAGUUGUUUCGAUCAUUUAGCUGUACCUGGUUUACCUUGCUAUUGCCUUCGCUGCCUUCUUCCCCAGAUCACUGGUUAGCUCACUCGAGGUGGCGUCCAUGUCCAGUGCAAUUUGAGAAGGAACCCGGUAUCAUAUAUCUUCUCCUUGCUGAGCCCAGUUCCUGUGAUGCUAGGAUUGAAUCUGCAGUAAUGCUGGGUGAGUACUAUUACAAUCACAUGAUUAAAGGACUAAGAAGCUCAUGAUUUUACAAAUGUAGUUCGACCAAAAAAAGAAAUACACAUGUUGAAUUGUUGAGGCAA